UGUGUGAGAGAGAGAGACAGAGAUCAGCUCGUGCGCGCAGGCUGGCAGCGGCGGCGAGCGAGACGACAGGCAGUAAAACUCGCAGUGACUCUCCGCAUCACAUCAUAACGCAUCGCUCUGCGACCUGAAGCUGGAGUUUGAUUUUCUUUCGGAAAGCCCAACUCUACUUUUCCCUGAUUUUCAAACACAGCGAUGGAUCUGCUCCCGGACGACGUGGUGCUGCAGGUGUUUCGGCAUGUGGACGUCGACGACCUGUUCAGGUGCCGCCUCGUGUGCAAGCGGCUCGGCGCCCUGGCCCUGCAUCCCUUCGUGUGGCGGCACCAAAGUUUCAAAGCCUUCAACAGCGACCUCCGGAAGAAGCUGUGUCGCGUACUGCGCCUGGCGCCGUGCCUGGACGACCUGUCCUUCGAAAUGUCGUCAGAGGGCCACCACUUCCCGCUGUACGCCACGACCAGGUGCGCGGUGGGGCGGCUAAACUUUCGCGUGCCCAAGGCCGGCGGCGUACACGCUGCACUCAUCGUCCGAAACCAGGAGGCGCUCGGCCGGCUGAAGGACGUCCAUGUCGGGAUCAACAAUCUGCCCAUUUCCGACGCAACCAUGCUCCUCGGGACGUUGGCGUCCACGUCCGUCUUGGAGAAGCUGUGUGUCUCGUGGGAUGGUAUGAGCGGCGGACUCUUCACGGCGAGCCUCCACACUUCCGUGGCCCGGCCGUCCCUCAAGUACUUCCGCUGCCAGCUCAGCUCGGAGUCGCAGCCCUUCAUCGACCUGGUGCUGGCCGGGCACGCCGCUACCCUGGAGGAGGUCCUUCUUUCGUUCCAAUCCGAUUACUAUUUCAUCUCGACCUCGACGGGGUCACUGCCGGCCUGUAUGCCCAACCUCAGGGAGCUCACCUGCUCGCUGCUCCCCGGCUUGGAGUCCCUGGCCUCGUCGCUGACGAAGGUGACGCUGCACGUGUCACCCGACAUGCGACCAGGAGUCCUCGGGGCCACGGAGCUGCUCCGGCGCGCCCCCAAGCUCCGCGAGGUCGCCCUGAAGUACAGCCCCGCUGCGCGCAGCCCAGAUGACGUCGGGGUCACUCUGGUCGAGGCUUUGGCGUGGUCGGGACGGUCCGUCGUGGAGGUGCUGGACAUCGACAACGAUUGCGAGAACGAGAUGGAUGGCGAAGAGGACGACGACGGGGUCGAGUACCUCCCUCAGCUGCAGCCGCUGGUCAGAGCGCUACCCUCGCUGCCGGCCCUGAGGUACAUCGAGCUGACCGUGUAUGUCCCUCCGGACGAGCUGCUGCUGGCCAUCACGCCGGAGACGGCGCCGGCCCUGCGGGAGCUCAGGCUGUAUCCGAUGAGGUGGCUGCCCGCUCGCUGCGCCCACGACUGGCUCCACAAGGACUCGGUGCAGACCCUGCUGUCGCUGAAUCCUGCGCUCAAGUUUGUCGUGAACACGACACCGUACUGCCUCAAGAACGAGCGCUGUGGGUCCUGCGCGCAGGGCUGCCACAACACGCUGUGGGAAUGGGAUUGGGAAUAUGAGAUUGGCGAAGAUGAGGACGCUCACAGAUCAGAAUUUAAAGAAUUGAUGCAUAUUCGUUAAACUACUACCAUCAGUUGUUUGCUACUCUAAUUAUAUUUAACUUUUUGUAGCUAAGUGGGUUUGAUUGUAUGAUGGGUUAUGGGUUACGAUUCAUUGAUGAGGGACAUUUCUCUGAAAAUAUCGGAAAAUAUGCAAUUACCAUAGCUACCUGCUUUCUCUCAUUUCAUGGGAUUCCUCCCCAUACCUUGAAUCUGAAUUUUGAUUUGUAUGUUUAAUUGCAAAUGAACAGCAAUAAUAAAAUGUAUUUUUUGUAUGGGCCAA